UCUGAGGACGCCUGCUGUCAUUGGCUGCCGUCCGUCACGUGUUUAUUCUGAAGAUGGCGUCUCCAAAUGGAGGUGACGACUUUGAGUCUUCUUUGCUGAGUUUUGAGAAGCUAGACAGAGCGUCACCAGACCUGUGGCCGGAGCAGUUACCUGGAGUUGCAGAAUUUGCUGCAUCUUGUAAAAAUCCCAUCACUAAUUCUCCCCCCAAGUGGAUGGCUGAACUAGAGAGUGAGGACAUUGAAAUGUUGAAAGAGCUGGGUAGUCUGACUACAGCCAACCUGAUGGAGAAGGUCAAAGGACUUCAGAACCUCGCUUACCAGCUGGGCUUAGAGGAGUCCAGGGAAAUGACCAGAGGCAAGUUCCUGAACAUCUUGGAGAGGCCCAAGAAGUGACAUUGUCUUUUCUUUUUCUUUUUGUUUUCUUGCAAGCAACAGGAAAUUUGGGACUGCAAGGUGAAUCUGAUUUAUGUUUACCAAUAUGCUCUGAACUUGUUCAGAUCUUCGCAACAAUGUUCAAAGACUUUCGAUAUUCAAUUUCAACACUGAAAUGGAGCAAACUGCUCAAUCUCCACAGCUGUGGCCUCCUUUAAAACUUCCAAGUGCUCCAAACUCCUGGGUGCACCUGUCCUCCUAGAUAGAUAGAUGCCUUUUACUUUUAUCAAAACUCAAAAAUGAUUAUUUACUUUUCGCUAAAGUUAACUGUAGACCUGCCUUGAUUAAAUGUUCCCUAUUUAUUCUUAUUUCUAUUUUAAACAUGAUUUACAUUUUUGCAAUU